AUAUUAUACUUUGUUGCUUUAUUUUUAAUAGCAUAUUUUGUGCCAGUUUUGGCUUCGAAGCCCCGCCUACCGAAUUUAACCCCAGGUUGACCUGCAACGGAUAUGACGUGUACUCGGUCCCAACUUUACAGCCGCUCUCUAGCUGACCCACGCGACGACGUACAGUAAUACUGUAUCGUAUUGACAUUGACUUGUUGAUAAACAACCAUAGAAAGCAGUACUGUAUACAGUACUUUGUUCCAAAACAAUGCCUAAGUGUGUGGCUGCUGGAUGUAGUAACAGUCAUGCGAAUAAGGUCAGCAUUCAUCAGUUCCCGAAAGAUGAAUUUCUAAGAAAGAAAUGGGCCGCAGCUGUAUCAAAAACAAGACUGAAUUUCCAAGGCUCUGUACAUUCAGUGCUGUGCAGCGAGCACUUUGCGGCCGACGACUUCGAGCCAAGAAGUCUACUGGCAACCAGCUUUGGGGUGUCUGGUCGCAACCUCAAAAGGCUUAAAAAGGGGGUAAUCCCUACUGUAUUUAAAAAACCUGUUCGACCAGGACAGUUGAUAGGCAAUGAGAAAAAACAAUGGAGAUCGACAGCAUACGAAAAGAGAAAGCAGUCCGGGGUGCUGUUGUGGGCAAUGCAAGAAGAUGAAGACUGCAAAUGGAUGCCUGUGUUGUCAUGAGGUCACAGAUGUUGUUGGAACCAGAGAUAGAGAUGCUGAAAUCACCGGUAAACUACAUCUCAUUCCGGAUUUCAUGCUACAGUUUGUUCAGAUGAUAUUGAUUGGCACUACAGAUGGCAGGAAGACAAACAACCACAAAUUUCUUGUUCCAGGAAAAAAAAAAAUCAGGACACAAGUAAGUUAGGCUCUAUAACCAAUAUACUGUAUAUGUUAAUGUGCACUGUAUAUGUUCAAGUUAGUAAAAACAGUUUAAAAAAGUCAUUUUUAAACGAGCCUUUGAGUUUUACUAUAGAAAAGAUUCCAUAGUACAGCCUCUUUUAUAGUUGAUAUAAGUCUUAUAAAAUGCACUUAUUUACGAAUACUGUACAUACAAAAAUAAAACCUAGGCCUAGUAUUUUACAUUUUUACUAUGCAUCCAGGGGUACAGGCCCUAAGGUUUGCAACCCGACCUCCCC